AUGUCUACUCUAACUGUGUCUUCAUCUGGUAUUGGUAUUGCUCAUUUACCCAACCAAAAGCACCGUAUCAUAUCUAAGAAAGGUGCUCACUUUACUUUGAUGGUCUGUGGUGAAUCUGGACUCGGUAAAACCACGUUUAUCAACACGCUUUUUGCUACAACCAUCAAAAACCAUAAAGUGCAUGAAAAAAGGCAUGAAAAGCAAUUGGAUAGAACAGUCGAGAUUGAGAUAACUAAAGCAGAACUCGAGGAAAGGAUGUUUAGAGUCAAGUUGACCGUGAUUGAUACGCCUGGAUUUGGUGAUUAUGUGAACAACAGAGAAAGCUGGGUUCCUAUUAUUGAAUUUAUUGAUGACCAGCAUGAAAGUUUUAUGCUUCAGGAACAGCAGCCAAUGAGACAAGGCAAGAUUGAUAUGCGUGUUCAUGCAUGUCUUUAUUUCAUUCGACCUACUGGACAUAGUUUAAAGCCAUUGGACAUUGAAAUCAUGAAGCGUCUCAGUUCUCGUGUCAAUCUGAUCCCAGUGAUCGCAAAGGCAGAUACAUUGACACCCAAGGAUUUGGCCCAAUUCAAGCAAAAUGUUCGUCAAGCAAUUGAAGCCAAUCAUAUCAGAAUCUAUAGCUGUCCUAUUGAAAGUGAAGACGAAGAAACGACAAAACGUAAUAAGAGCAUUGCAGAUGCCUUUCCUUAUGCUAUCAUUGGUUCUACCAAUAUCGUUCAAACAGCGGAUGGCCGAAAGGUCAGAGGUCGAGAAUACAGUUGGGGUGUAGCCGAAGUAGAAAAUGAGGAGCACUGUGACUUCAAAAAGCUGAGAAACUUGUUGAUUCGUACGCAUAUGUUGGAUUUAAUGACAACAACUGAAGAUGUUCAUUAUGAGAACUACAGACAGCAACAAAUGGCAACUCGUAAAUUUGGUGAACCAAAAGUUACAAAGAAACCCGAAAACCCUAAAUUCCGUGAAAAGGAAGAGGAGCUUCGAAGAUCAUUUACUGCCAAAGUCAAGACUGAAGAAACACGAUUCAGAGAAUGGGAACAGCAGUUGAUUACUGAAAGAGAUCGUUUGAAUAAAGACUUGGAAACGCAACAUGCACAAAUUAAGCAACUGGAAUCUGAAUUGGAUAAGCUUUAUCAACAAGUUGGACGUAGUGGUACUGUUCGUCGUUAA